GUCUGGGUUAGGCCACUUCUUGGCACCAUCAUGACUAACGCAACCAGGAAGCCACGGCAGUCAAGAGGAGUUGCCAUGCGGUUUGCUUCAAGGAAGAAUGGAACAAAGAAGACCCUUUGUCAAAGGAGGGGCAGAGGCGGUGUCAAGGCACGAAAUAUGACCAUGAGGGUCAGAAGACCUCUACAAGGUACCUUCAGAAAGAAAAUCCGAUCGUAUGCUACUCAAUCGACAAAGCUGAAGAAGACAAGAAAGGCAAACUGUUUCUUCUCUCGCUGUGGACGUAAGAAAUCGAAUCGAAGCCGGAAAAGCUACCAAACUGUGAGGCAGAGUCAAGGAAGGAGGCAGAAUCCAAAGAGAAAAUAAG